AUGCAGUACCUGGAGAAGUCCCCCGCCAUUUUCAGCACGACUUUGGCCAUUGCAGGCGUGCGCUAUGUCCAAAACGUGGUUUUGGUGUUAUCGCAGCUGCUGAAGUCCAUGUCUGGAGUACAGUACACCUUCGACUUGACUCACAGCGCCGAGUGCGUGAUGGACUCGACGCACAAAACGAACGCGUCAGGUUUUGAAUUGUACGCGCUCCUCGUGCCAUUUCGUGGUCAAGGAGCGGAAGUCAAGGUCGCUUACUUGCAACGAUGGCUUGCACUACUACGCGAUGACUUUGGGUUGCAUCCAGCCUUUGUCCACAUGGACAAGGAUAGCGCUCAAAUUGCAGCAGCAACGGCCGUUUGGACUGGCGUGAAAUUGUAUUUGUGCUUGUGGCACAUGGAUCGAGCAAUUCAAGCACGCUUCAUGCAAGGAAAGGUAUUUCCAGAUAUCCGCAGGUUCGCCCCGACGAAUACCUUGCUCCAUGUUGAAGGGUACACGCCUGCGUUUCCAGCAGUGUGGGUGCAUGGAACACACGUGUUGGAGGAAAGCUUCUGUGACAAAGCGGUGCUGGGGCCGUUGCUAUCACUAAUGAAGUCGCAUUACAAAGCUCACCCAUUUAUGUCGAUGCAUGACGAUGCUAUGCCCCCCCACGACAAAGCUCGCGUGUUCUACAUCCGCGCUGUGGAAGAAAUCUACAACUUUUGCAAUGAAUGCAGCGCAUCAUAUCUAUUUGUGUACCUGUUCAACAACUGGUACUCAGAGAAUGAAUUCAAGCGAUGGGCGAGGUCUCAGUGUCCAACUGCAUUGGCGACCCUUCGAACCAGUAUGAUGGCCGAGGCGCACUUUAACUGUCUGAAGACUUUCAACGACCACGACUCGACCUUCUUUGCUUUAUCAUCGUGA